AAAAAAACUUAAGAACUAAGUUAAUUAAGAAACUGGAGCCAUGAUGUCAUCGAAAAAAAAUCAUCAUUUUAAGUGAAUGAUGCAUCUAAUUCAGCAUCCAUCCUAGACUAAAUUAUCAAGACACGUAUCACAAAAAUACACCUUGCACGAAAAUGAAAUGGGAGGUGUAGAUUUCUUUGCCACCCGCUUGGUUAUAUUAAAUACGUUUCUAUUUAUUUUAUUUUAAUUAAUCUAUUCUCUAUUCAUUCUAUUCUUAGUUUAUAUCUGUCUCUCUUUAAUUAGUUUCACCUGGUUGGAGAUCAAUUUUGCUGUUUUUAUCUAUCUUACUGACGACGUAUUUCUCAAAUGACGCAAUUAGCCGUUAGCAACUAUCGGUCGUGAUAACAAUCUCUUUUACAUCGCGCACGCGUCUCUUUUAAAAAUGGCAGACUUGAAUAACUAAAUAAAAAUCAUUAGCGCAAGUAAAAAAAAAUAAAAAAUCUUUUAUUAUCAUUGAAAGAAAUGAUAAGCUCUUUUUUGCUUUGUUUUGAAGGACCUGUAGUGGGAAAAGUUUCCUGUGGGGAUGUACGUAAAACAUUUGCAAUGUUUACCAUCUUAACCAGUUGGAGCAGACACUGCAUAAAAGAGAGAAGAAAUUUUGAAGAAAGCACAUAAAUAUUUUCAACAACUGUACGACAAUAACAAACUUAACAAAGAUGUAUCGUAAACCUGUUGACAUGUUCGUAGGUGUGUGUGUAUUUUUUGUGCUGCAAUGUUGUGCUGUAGGAUAUACUUUGAAAGAACUUGCGAAUGAAAUUGAAGUAGCGACGAAAUUUUUAAAUCGAGACGUUGAAAAUUUUCACGAAGUGAAGAGAACAAACAGUGAAUAUAGUGGAAUUCUACCAACUUUACCUCCUGGAAUUCCAAAAACUUUUAAAUGUCCAAGAAUACCGUCACCGAGAAAUGGCGUCGUAAGAUGCGGAGGCUCGUUAUGUUUGGUGGAGUGUAACCCAGGCUUUCAACAAGAUUCUAAUACUGCGUUUGUGUAUAAGUGCAGCCGAGAAACUGGAGAAUGGUCAACCAUACCGAAGGGAAAGCCAAUUCCAUGGCCUGAGUGCAGGGAGAGUGAAAUAUACUGAAGUGUUCGGAUCUCCAUAUCUGCUGCUUUUCAUUCAUCUUCGUUUCCUAAUGUUGGCACGACCCGAGAAGCGAGAAAGUGUGUUUAUGGUAGAAAUUCAAAGAAGCUAAAUUUUUUUAAUAUAAUUAUUUUAUCGUGAUAAAUAUUUCUUUAAACUUG